AUGCCGCUACGACAAACGGAGCGCCGAGCGGUGGUACAUGAAAUGGCGGACGCACCUGCGCCUGUGAAACAGGGCCCAGUGCCGCAUCAAGUUGACCUUGAAGCAGCCUUCAACCACUUUUGGACGACCUUAACGGACAGGAUGAAGCGGGCGCCCCCAGCAAAAUUACCAAGGGUGAGAGAGCAGACACGCGGCGGAACAAGGUCCAAGAGAUCCCCCAAAUGCAAACCACCCUCAGGGUCAGCAAAAUGUAAUACCUUGUUCCUUCCUGGGUCUAGGGCCACCUGGGAAAUACCCCCAAUGCAUCAACCACACAAGCAGAGACGACCGACACACAGACACCUACCCCAACACAGCAUAGCCCCCUGCAAAUUCCUGAAUGGAUGGAACUUGGACUCAGGGAGACUCCAAGUUCAUGGCAACAUGAUGUGGGAACAAGCCUGGUGCAUGGGGAAUGCUUCACUUCUGAAACGCAGCAUGGCUCACGACUGUGGACAGUACACAUGUGGAAGAUGGGCACACAGCCAAGGUAUCGGCUGA